AUGGCGAAUUCACACACCCCUGAUGCGGUAGCGCAGCAGCUGCAGGAAGAGCGUCUCGCGCGACUGUGUGACGACAAUGCCUUUGUGAACGUUGCGGAGGUGCUGCGGCGACAGCGGCGUGAUGGGGCUCCGGCCGGGAACGCCGAAACGGAGGCGGAGUUCCUCGAACCGAGCGCACUGCCCGGAGCGGGGCCUGCCCGCCUGCACCUCAGCCGCGCCCUCCUCGAGCAGCACCGCGCGUAUCUUAAGGCCCUCGAGGGUGGGCGGGACGGCGGUGUGGACGCCACGACCGCCUCCUCCACCGCCUCCGCCGAGUCCUCCUCAGGGGAGGAAGAGUCCACAUCAGGGCGGGGGAGGCGGCCGCAUGGGGGCGAACACCGCCGGGGGGAGGGAAAGAAGCGUAUGCGAAAAGAGACUGAACAGACAGAUGUCCGGGUCAGUAAAGUAAUGGACAGCAGUCUCGCGGUGUCACGACAGAUGGAACAAGAGUACCAAAGUGUUCGUACGUGGAGUCAACAACGGCGUGUGCCUCCAUUGGAGUUAGCUUCACCAAUGCCAAGUUACAUUUCAAUGGCGGCACCACCACCAACACACACAGGUGGUUAUCAUUUAUGUUCGGUCUGUUUACUUCCAGCAGGCUACAAGUGUCUGCGCUGUCGUAGGGCACUUUUUUGCUCCAUUGAGUGUCAUGUCAUGCAUGAGGCGACACGUUGUUUGAAAUUUAUAGUUUGA